ACAUGAUGUCAAGUGGUUAUCAGUUACAUUGACGAAGAUACUGCCAAAGGUUGUUGCCACCAGGCAUGACUCGAUCUGCAUGGCGGAAGGUUCACAUCACAGCCUGGGCAGGAGCGUGACACGUGUCUUUUCUCUGCCACGUGUAGCUCUUCAUCCUCCUGCAGCACUGCAAUCUACAGGCUACUGGCUACUGAGCCUUUGCCGAGUUUGGUCCAUUCCUUAGAUCCUACAACUGCAAUCUCCUAAAAUGGAUUCAGCACCACACCAGGUGUCCCAAUGCCAGCACGAUUACUCCUUGCCGGCCGCGGUCUCCGGCAACGGCCUCUACACCGGCCGGCCAAGAAGCUCACCCGCCGCCGAUUCCAACGAUGCUCUCCUCUUCCUGGCCGGGCCGGCCGGCUGGCUCAUUCGGCUGGUCGCCUUCCUCGGGGAGCUCGUCGCCUCUGCCAUCCUCGGCCUCGUCUUCCCCGUCGCCACUCUCGUCGGCGCGCUGCGCGCCCUUCCUACGGUGGUCGCAUCCAACCUCCGGCGCGCGGCCCUCGGCCUGCUCGCCGCGGCGUGCACCUUUGCCGCCCUUGUCGCCGCGCUGUUCGUGUCCGUGCUGCUCGGCUUCGUUCUUGUUCGGCACUGGGUGGAAGAGCCGGUGACCGUGCGCCGGCCACUCUACUUCGACUACACGGAGGCGCAGCCGAGCGCCGCGGUGGCCCUCAGCGGAGCGCGGGGCGUGGCGCUGCCAGCCGGGCACUCCGUGAGGGUGUCGAUGGCGCUGCUGCUGCCUGAUUCCUACCACAAUCGAGAGAUUGGCAUGUUCCAGAUUAAAGCAGAGGCAAUCUCCGUCAGUGGAAUCACCAUGGCAUCAGCUGCGCAGCCAUAUAUGCUGAGGUACAAGAGCACCCCUGUCCGGCUAGCGCAAUCUGCGCUGAUGUGUGUGCCACUCACUCUGGGCGUGCGCAGCGAGACCCAGACUGCAAAUCUCAAGGUGUUGCAGUAUAGGGAAGGUCAUGGCCGUCACAAGAGAACAGGGCUCAUCAGAGUUCUGCUGCAGCCAAGAGCUGCUAUAGUGCAGCUGCCUCAGGUGUACAAAGCAGAGGUUGUUGUGCAGACAAAUCCUCCGUGGACAAAGAGCCUGGCACGGAGCUUUAAAUGGACAUUAUGUGUGUGGGUGUCUUUCUCUGUCUACAUUGUUCUUGUUGUUCUUGCCAUUUGUUGGGUCCGGCCCCUUGCGGCAUCCGCGAGAAAUAGAAGGUUAUCUGAACUUCAGGCCAAUGGAAUGAUGACUUCUCAUCUGGGUACAGUAGACAUUGGUGAGAGCCCAAGCCAGGAGUUAUCUGAAGAUUUUACGGUGAAGAGGAGAGAGAGGAGAAGCAAGUGGAAAUCACAAUUUCGGAAGCAAUUACAUGGAGGCAGCAUGGACCUCGAGUUCACUGAGGGUUCGACUUCUAGUGUUGCAGUGGUGGAGACUGAUCAGGCCAUGACCCAUGAAUGAUCCUUGAGAAUCCAAGUGCACCCAAAUACCCAAUCCUCAGGAUGAUAUCAACUCAUUCGAUCAAAUACGUUGCUGUGAAAUUUGUGUUUACUGUUACUGCCAAUUUUCUGUAUAUGAGACCCAAAUAUCUUUCAUGCAAGCUUUCGAACAAUGCGUGUAAAAAAAUGUAUCAAUGGAUGAAAACUGCACGAACUUCAUGGAAAUUGUGUUCCUUAUUCAUGUGUCUCCCAGACUGUAGUUCUUUGGGUGAAUAUAUUUUCAUGGAAAUUAUGGACUGUCCCGUUUAUGGUUA